AUGACAAAAGCAAUUGACUACUUGGCUAAAUGCGUUCAUAUUACAUGUCAAAAUGCAACACAAAAUCGUUGUAAUGUUGAAGUUUUAGGUUUUUCAAAAACCUUCCAUGUAGAUAUACCUGCAAAAGAAGACCCAUCUAAGAACACGGUACUAUUUAGUAAGGAUGGCAACAUAACACUUAUAGGACUGAAUAAGGAUAACGAUGGAAACACCAUUGAUGCUGAAACGGCAAUAAAGAUAUGUGAUGCUUUUAUUAAAUUUGAAUCUGAUGAUGCAUCUCCAGUAGCAGUGCUUUAUGGUGUAGGUGAGUCAUUUUGUACUGGAUUCGACAUAUUAGAUUUAGCAAGUGAUGAACGCAGCGAAAUUAGCAUGGAUAUACUUAUGUUACCAGAGGGUUCUGUGGGACCUACACGGCGAAUGUUAACAAAACCCGUUGUUUGUGCGAUUACUGGUUACUGCGUCGCUAGCGGUAUGGAAUUAGCACUUUCGUGUGAUCAGCGAGUAAUGGAGACUACAGCUAAAAUGGGUUUUUUUAAUCGGCGCUUUGGUGUGCCCAUAAUAGAUGGGGGUACGGCACGUUUACCAGCAAUAAUCGGUAUAUCUCGUGCACUUGAUUUAAUACUUACAGGACGUAUUCUCGAAGCAACGGAAGCCUAUGAAAUCGGUGUUGCAAACAAAGUUGUACCAGUGGGAGAUGCUCUUAAAGAAGCUGUAAAUUUAGCUCAGUUUUUAUCAAAAUUUCCACAAGAAGCACUCAAACAUGAUCGCAAAUCCAUGCAAGAAUCUUCAUUUGAGGCAAUUGGUUUUGAGAGCGCUAUUCAAAAUGAGAUUAUGAGUAUUACGAAAGAAAUUGUAGAUGAGAUGCAAGACGGAGCGAAAUGGUUUUACAGAAAUUUCAAGAUCAAUAAUACUGGAACUUGGAUGCCAGCUGAAAUGACAAUGGCUGAUUGGGAUAAUAAAGUCGUUGUCAAGGAAGCAGCUAAAGUGAAAAAUUUCAAGGAUGUUGAACACAUUCCAGUUAUUAAACAAGUUAUUGGACCACAUAAGAAUGACAUUGAAAAAAACGCUGUAUGUACGUCAGAAAAAGAAGACGGAAAUGACAAAGACAAAAACAAUAAGUGAUGAUAAAAUAUUGAGCAGUUCGUGUUAAAUUUCUUGUUAAUGCCUUUUUAGAUGUUAUCGAUUAUUGUUUGUAAUUUGCAAUUCAUAAUUUAUCAAGUAUUAUUAUUAUUUACAUCCCCCUUCAAACGAAGGGACUUUAGUUUCACGCUGUAGUAGUUGACGAUUCUCACUGUAGUCCAA